AUGCCAGAGAACCAAGACGUCUUUCCGACCAAGUACUGGGGCAACAUGACGAACCACGCUCCGUGCUCUGCAAAAAGUGUGCGACCGCGCACUUGCCGUGGCUCGGACACAACAAUUUCGGACACCAUCAUCGUCACGCACUCGAUGGAUGCUCUCAUGCUUUCUGGCGCAAUCGCUUCGGGUAAGUGCAGCAUUGCUCCGAGUUCAACGUGGAUCAGCACGGGUGCCCCAAUGAGAAGAAGCAUGGGCUCGGACUAUCUCCAAGAUUCCUGCAAGGGCGAGACCAACGUGAUCGUCGAGAAGCUGGCCAAUGUCACUGGACGAUGCCCAGUUAGCAAAGCCAUCAGGUCUCUUGCUUACGAGAACGAGGAGAACGCUUCGGUGAAGCUAAACCAGGCGUACAAGGCGGCACAACGAGUCUAUCGAACGUAUGUGGACGCAGCAAUGUGCAGCUUCAAGCACACCGGCUUAAUCUCCAACUACCAGUGGCAGUUCUGGCUGCUGGGGAGCGUUGUUCCUCAUAGAUCUCCACACAACGACGACAUGGUCGAGUUCCAGAGCUGCGCCGGAGGGAUCCCGGAAUCCACGUUCGGCACCAGAUAUCGCGACCGAUUCUACGUGACAAAACUCAACCACUUCGACGUGGCUUUCCAGAGCGGCGAUGCACUGUUCGAUGAGGCAAAAAUGCCCGUAAAAUGGCUCGAGUGCUUGCUGUAG